AUGAGCGGCUACGCUAGCGCUUUCGGCUGGUGCUCUUGCCCCUACUGCCCAUCCAACGGCUCAGCACACCAAUCCUACCCCCUCCGCUACCUAUCCUCAGUGCCCUACUACGACCCCGGCCAUCAACACCAAAUCUGCGAAUGGUGCAACGUCUGGCAACGCCUAGGCCCGGGCUUCGCCCUCGCCAAUCCGCAGGAACUCCUCACGACCUACCAAAAACACAUCCACACCUUCGAAUCCAUCCACGACUUCUUCCGCGGCGCCGCCCUCGCACCCGACUGGGUCGCCAUCCAAAUCCGCCGUGUUGCCGAGUAUAUCGACCUGAACGCGGCCGGGAUGGCGUGGCGCCAGCUGGCGCUGGAUUUGUAUGAACUGGCGAGUGAUGUGGGUUAUGGUGAUGUUAUGCUCGUUGCUCGCGCUUGA